AUGGCAGGUGGACGUCCAUCCAAAAAGCCGAAGCUUGUGAGGCAUACGAUCAGUACCGACUCUGCAGCCGCACAUGUUCACAGGCACCAAAUAUUUGCUCUUCAACGAGACGGGGAAUUCGCCUUGCGCACAUCCUAUCUUCCAGCAAACCCACUCGCUAUCUCUGACUCGGUGGUCAAGUCUUCAGAAUCUCACAGCGAUGACACAUUCAAUCCAUGGAACAAAGUGGAAUUUGAGGCUGUACAGAAUGAGCCUACUAUCUCAGAAGAAGCGAUCAGAGGAAAACAAAUCAGACAGGAUGAACUCACUUUUUGGCUGGAAGAGCGACAUGCAUACCUCGACGAAUUCAUUCGUUUGGAGGGUAGAGGUGGGGAAAGUCAGUGCCGGUGUGGUGUGUUAUCUGCACAAUUCCGAUGUGAAGAUUGUUUCUCGGUCGAGCUGGCCUGCCGUGAUUGCAUUGUCCAGUCACACUACCAUGCGCCUCUACAUAGAAUCAAGCAAUGGAAGGAUGACUUUUUCCAUGCGGUCUCACUCAAGUCACUGGGCCUGUGUGUUCAGCUGGGUCAUAGACCAGGUGAAGAGUGUAAUAAUCGCAGAGCAGCAUAUGAUGAUGAUUUCGUGGUCAUCGACAUACACGGGAUACAUGAGAUCAAGCUCGACUAUUGUGGGUGUGGACACGCACCAUCUCGCUAUAAACAGCUCCUUCACUUACGAUGGUUCCCUGCUACAACAAUUGAUCCUAGAACAGCGGCAACUUUUGCUGUCCUUGAAUUUUUCCACCUUCUUUCAUUUGAGUCAAAAGUCUCUGCAUACGAAUUCUACCAUUCUCUCACACGGAGAACUGACAAUGUUGGGACUGAGCCAAUUCAUGAUCGUUAUUCUGUAUUCCUCCGCAUAAUAUCAGAGUGGCGACACUUGAAAGUGCUGAAACGAUCAGGGCGGGGGCACGAUCCUGCAGGUAUUGAGGCCACACAAGAAGGGGAGCUAGCUGUAUUGUGUCCUGCUUGCCCACAGCCUGGCAAGAAUCUUCCGGAGGAUUGGCAGAGUGCACCACCAUCAGAACGGUGGCUGUAUGCUCUUUUUCUGGCGAUUGAUGCGAAUUUCCGCCUGAAGCGGCGUCUGGUGUCAACCGACAGCAAAGAUCCAGGUUUGAGCCGUGGGUGGGGUUACUUUGUCAAAGAAGGUAAAUAUAAGGCACACAUAAAUAUGAGCAACGAGGUCGUACAAGAGAAAAGCACAUGUGUUAGCCACAAUGCUGUGAACAUGGCGGAUACAAAGACUUCGAAGGGGCUUGCUGCAACAGGAGUCGGUACAGUGGAUUGUGCUCGCCAUGACAUGAAGCUUCCAAAUGGUGUUGGAGAUCUGCAAAAAGGAGAGAAGUAUCUCAACAUGGACUACCUUGUAUUUUCCACACUUGUUGCAUUUUCACAACUUAUCAUCUUCAACUUCUCCUAUGACAUCGCUUGCCAGUGGCAUAAGAAACUCUGGAAUCGCAUGCCCAGCCUUCCUCAUGCGCUUCACCUUGAUCACUCAAAUAAGGUGAUAAAUUAUUUCGUCCCAAAGUUCCACUUGGACGCUCACAUCAAAGCAUGCCAAACUCGAUUUUCCUUCAAUUGGACCCCUUGGGUCGGCCGAAUGGACGGAGAAGCACCAGAGCGUGGAUGGGCAAACAUCAACCAUGUCGCUGCAAGCAUGAAGGAGAUGGGUCCAGGAGCUUGUCAGGACACCCUCGACGACCAUUUUGGUGACUGGAAUUGGAAGAAGAUAUCAGGUUUUGGGCGAACAUUGCUGCGCAAGAUUAAGGAAGCUGUCGAGGCGGAGAAAGAUCAUCGUGCUGCACUUCAAGAACUCGAGGGGUCAAUUGAGUCCUCAGAGGUGGGCACUGCAUCCAUCACUGAGUGGCGGAAUGAGGUUGAGGCAUGGGAGGCUGAUCGCACAAAGCCGAAUCCAUUUGAUAGUAGAGUUACUGGUGCGUCUAGUCAAUCUGUAUCGUUAUUUGUCUCACAGCCUCACUUGUCAGAAAUGGCACAGCCUGCAGUUCGCCUUGCCCUUGCGCAACAGGAUGCCAGGGAGCUCGAGGACAGUACCGUCAUAUCACUCCAUGCUGAAGUAACACCCAGUGUGCUCAUCAGCACUGCCAUGGAUCUUGAGCACGCACAACAUCGUCUUCGGGUAGAUGCAGCUGCACUCGGGCUGCAUGCGACUGAUGCACAGAGAGCAAACAUCGUGACCCGCAGGAACACCCUGCAAUGCCGUAUUGAAGCAUGGACAAGUGUUCAAGUCCUAUAUAUGCCCAUUGUUGCCAACCUAUGUGCCACAGCCCUCCUCCAUCAAUCCCAUCCUCAAAACGCUGGCCACGAUGACAGCGGCUUACCGAGUCCAAGGCCUGACUCUGGGAAAGCUGAAGAUUUCUCACUCCUCUUCCCUUCCAACAUCUGCAAUCUCACUGCUCAGAACAUUCGUGGGCAAGGUGCCAACACACGAGCGCGCAAGACUAUUGAUACGGUAGAGGAACAUUUGGCAAUGUCUCACAUGAAGUACUGCCGUGCUCACAAAGUGCUUCAGAGUUUUCAACUGCUCAAAAAGUCUGAUCUUCGGCCUAUGGGGGACUUCGGAGGACAAACCCAGGGCACUGCUAUCAUGUCUUGGAUUUGGUGGACGCAUGGAGUUUCUGCUGAUGACAGCGCUGGUCUUCAGGACUCUCUUCGCGUUGAAUGGUGCAAGGCCAGGGCAUGCCACAACCGGUGGCAUGAAGAAAUCCAGCUGCUUAUGGAGGAAAUGCACCGUGUAUUGGCUUUCCUGAAGUGGCACAUAAAGUGGUGGGAGGAGCGCGCGACACUUCGAACAUUUGUAAGGUCUGAAGAUGCAGAGGGGUUUGUUGCAUAUGCUAAGCGUCAGGGUGCUGUACGCCGUGCAUUGUUGACGAGUUUCGAGAACAGGUGGGCUAGUGUUCCAGCACUCGUGGAAUCUGCCUAUAGGAUCGAGAUCGAGAUCGAAGACCCAUAG